GUUUUUCAAAAAGAGGCUUUUUGUUUCUUCUUUGGCCGUCUUCUAUUCUCUCUGUCGUGCCUGGUUCCUCUCAGGCCGCCCCAGCAGUCGCCGGCGCCCAACGACGCCGCCACCACUGCGAAGCUGUCAAAGCCGUGAAACCAGUGGUUGCCGUCCAGUUAAGAUUGAAUUACUCUUCAGCACAGAAAUUGUCCUUAUCUCUCCAAUUUCGAAGCAGGAUUGUGCAGGAAACGCCGUGACUAAUGCUAACUGUAUCAUCAGUAUAAAAAAAAGGAUCAGAAAGCAUUAUUAUUAUUAUUAUUAUUAUUAUUUCGGAAUUGCUGUUUGCACACAUUUUUUUGUUAUUCAAUUGUUAAACGUGAUGCACCGAAGAGCCCCAUUUCCUCGUCUCCUCCUGAAUAAUGUGUCAUGUAUGAGAAAUGCACAGCAAAUUCUGCGUCAUGUGAAUGUCUCUCUUCAUGAUGGAGGGGCGCUUGUGCUAACAGGCGCAAAUGGGUCGGGGAAGACAACUUUCCUGCGCAUGUUAGCUGGGUUUUCUCGUCCUUCUGCAGGCCAGAUCCUUUGGAAUGGCCAUGACAUACAACAAUCUGCAAUAUUCCAUCAGUAUAAGCUUCAACUUAACUGGCUUUCUCUCAAGGACGCCAUUAAUGAUAAGUUCACAGUUCUUAACAAUGUACAGUGGUUUGAAGUUCUUGAGAACAAGGAAGGGAAGGCUAUGGCUGCGGUGGAGUUGAUGGGACUUGGAAGAUUAGCUAAUGAAAAACCAAGGAUGCUUUCUAUGGGUCAGCGUAAAAGACUACAACUUGCCAGGUUGCUGGCAAUUGAUCGUCCCAUAUGGUUGCUGGAUGAGCCUUCAGUUGCAUUAGACGAAGAAGGAGUAAAGUUACUUGAGUAUAUCAUUGCAGAACAUAGGAAACACGGAGGAAUUGUGAUUGUGGCCACUCAUCUACCCAUUGAGAUAGAAGAUUCCAUGGUUUUGAAACUUCCACCAAGGUUUCCCAGGAGGAUGACCCAUGUGGAUAUGCUUGAUCGGGCAGAUAUGAGUUAAAAAUGAGGUUUGGAUCUAUAAUUUGUAGGUUUUGAAAAAGUCCAAAGCUCUUAGUAUAGCUGAUGUAGUUUACUUAUUGGUUUUAAUCAGGAGCUGAAUAAUGUGAACUAUGUAUCUUGGUAUAUGUGCAGCAUUUGAGAAUGCAAUUGGAUAUGGUUUUCCAAUAAGCAGGUUUUGCCUUGUUCAUGCUUUCUUAAUUCAUGUAGUUAACACAGUACAGUGACGAACACAGGUUUAUCUGUCCCUAACUUUUUACUACUAGGACCUCUUUCACUUGACAUUUGGAAUCCUGAACCCGCUCAUUGAGCUUCUUCAACUUAUCAACAGUAUGAGGAUUUUGAUCCUCUAAUUCUUUGGAUUUACCAUCCUUAAUCUCCAUAUCUACAAAAUCCUUCUCCUCAACAUAUAACAGAGGUUGGUUAUUGGUAUAAACUAAAGUAAAACUGAAAGAAAAUCAGAGCAGAACAACUAAUUCAGUAAAAAUAAGAAGCCUAACAGUAAUAAAUGUACUAAUUCAAAUACAAAAGCAAUAUAAAUAGAUGUAAUAGUCACUUGUUAGAGAAAAGAAAAAAAAAAA